UUAAUGUCUUUGAACGGAAAAUGGUAACGAAGUCCAUUCUCAUUAGUAACUGACUAACCCUAAGCCUUAUCCUUACGAUUCCUUGCGAACUCAACUCACUGAGUCAGUGCUGCUGGCGAACGCCUCCACCGCGAACCUGUGGAUCUCCAUGGCAGAUUGGUCCCAGCUUCCGAAGGAUCUUCUACAACUGAUCUCAGAAAAACUCAACAGUGAACUGUAUUCCACUCAAUUUCGAUCUGUUUGUUCAUCCUGGCGCUCUUCUUCGAUCCCUAGCUACCAUCACCACCAUUUAUCUUUGCAGCUUCCACCAUUCUCCAACGACACUAAUUCCAACACAAACCUCUCCAAACACAGCAUCCUUCUCAUCAAACCACCGCAACACCAACAAAGUCUCCACCGCCCUUGGUUGACCAGAGUGGGUCCAGAUUCAAACGGCAAAAUCCAACUCUGGCAUCCUUUCUCACUUUUUCCGCGCGUACCUUUCACUUUCGCUCAUCAUGUCUUGGAUUUCAACCAAAUCUCGGCACACGAUCUCGGACACAUGUUCUUUCUUACUCGUAAGGCUUUUGUUGCUACGUACCAAGGGAAUGAGCCUGUUGUUGUGGUCACAUUUGACUCUUUCGGGAAAAUGGUAGUGUUUCGUCGUGGGGACGAGAAUUGGACAAUGAUUAUGGGCACGACAACAUGCUCCUACGGGGACAUAUGUCUUUUUAAAGGGAGGCCCUGUGAGGCAAUCUAUUCGGGUGAAACUCAGAUGAUCCAACAGGACUUGAGCGUUCAUUUGAUGGCGGAACAUGUGGAUACUGAGAACGUUCGUAGCAAAUUCUUGCUUGAGAGUGAGUGUGAGUUGUUGCUAGUUGAUUGCUAUGGUGGUGAUGAUGUAUGGAUUGAUGUGUUCAGACUUGAUGAGAAGGAUAAGAAGUGGGUGAAUUUGACAAAUAUAGGGGAUAGAGUUUUGUUCUUGGGGAAUGAAUGUUCAUUUUCUGCUUCUGCUUCGGAUUUGUGUGUAGCCAAUGGGAAUUGCAUCAUCUACACAGAUGAUGCCUUCCAUGAUCUUAAUGACACAGAGUGUGGGGUGAGUGUUUUUCACUUGGAUCAAGGUCGUGUUUCGCCUUUGUCUGAUUAUCCAGAAUAUUUCAACUUGUUAGGGCCACCUCCGGAGUGGAUCACAGAGUUGCAUUCAUAACAAACUAGUUCAGACGAGUAGUUGUUUGUUUGUGGCUUAGCCGAAGAGCUCCGAAUUUUGUUAUUUGAUUAGGUGGCGAAUCAUAUGCUCUGGUCAUGUAACACUUGGGGGAUUUCGUUGACUUAUGCUUAUGUUUUGGAACAUUGCUAUCUUUAUGUUUUGUUGAAUAUUUUGGAUGUAUGUGUUAACAUUCGAAUAUGUUGUUUUAAAGGCCUUGUAUCCUAGAUUGGUGAAUUCACGUAGCAUGGAAGUUAAUGUUACUUUGAAUUGGUAGAUGAAUAUGGUAUGAGACAUGUUCAUUUAUGUGAUAGCAGUUCUUUUGUUUUCCGCAAGCGUUUAUGCAUAAAGUAUGGAAGCAUGAGAUUUACAUUAUUGU